GAUGUACGAGUUUUGUCAGUUUCACUUGAUACAACUGUAAAGCAAAACGUGUUUAAAUUUCAUAAUGGUAGAAGCAAUUUCCAAUGGGUGGUUUAGUGAAAUACAAAACGACUUAUGGCCAGGACAAGCAUUUUCUUUGAAAAUUAAGCAAGUUGUCCAUGAGGAAAAAUCUAAAUACCAGGAUAUAAAAGUUAUUGAAACCGCUACAUUUGGAACAUGCUUAAUUUUAGAUGGAAUCAUUCAAUGUACAACUCGGGAUGAGUUUUCAUACCAGGAAAUGAUAUCAUUCAUCUCUUUAAAUAGCCAUCCGAAUCCUAGGAAAGUACUUAUAGUUGGUGGAGGUGAUGGAGGUGUUGCACGAGAAGUGGCAAAGCAUCCAUUGGUUGAAGAAGUCCAUCAAGUAGAAAUUGAUGAAAGAGUAGUAGAACUUUCGAAAAAAUUUUUGCCAAAUAUGGCAACUGGAUUUCAAAAUCCAAAAGUUAAACUCACUAUUGGUGAUGGAUUCGCUUAUAUGAAAAAGCAUGUCAAUGAGUUCGAUGUGAUAAUAACAGACAGUUCAGACCCAGUUGGCCCCGCACAAACUUUGUUUGAAGAAAGUUAUUAUGGGCUUAUGAAAAACGCUUUGAGGCCAGGAGGAAUCGUGGGUUCCCAAGGAGGCAGUUAUUGGGUGGACUGUGAUUAUUUGAAAAAAACUAUGGAUGGCUGCAGAAAACAUUUUCCAACAGUUUCGUAUGCACAUACAAACACUCCUUCCUACCCAUGUGGUCAUAUAGGCUUCGUUAUUGGAUCUCUUGAUAAAAAUAAAAAUUUUAAAACACCAUUAACUAACUUCAGUGAAGCUGAAUUGAAUGAUAUGAAUCUGAAAUAUUACUCAAGAGACAUGCAUUCAGCAGCAUUUGCUUUACCACGAUGGGUAGAAGCAAAACUUUCAUCAAAUAAUUAAUAAAUGAAAGUUAUUUUUAAGAUUUAUUCUAUGAAUUUUUAAGUAUAAUAAAGAAGUUAUGAAGGAUUCAA